UGAUGAUACAACCACUCCUGAUGCAACGGCAACUGUUGAUGAUACAACCAAUGCUGAUGUAACGGCAACUGUUGAUGAUACAACCACUGCUGAUGUAACGGCAACUGUUGUUGAUACAACCACUGCUGGUGUGACGGCAACUAGCACUGGAAAAGCAGAUGCUGAUACAACUUCAACUUCUUAUCCAUCGACAACUGAAAAAGGAACAACAGAUGCACCAUGUCCAGUUGGUUAUGGAGGCAGUGGUUGUAAAACGCGUUCACACGUAUUCAGCAUCCGCAUCAUACUUCUUGGAGUAGUUUACAAUGAUGACUUUGAUGACAGCAAAUCGCCAGGCUUUAUAGCGUUCACUGUUCAGUUUAUCUAUUCAGCUCGCCUUGGGUUUCUAUAUGGAGCUUUUUGGACCUUUUACACUCCAUAUAUCGAAGUGAACAAGCUUACGAGAGGCUCUGUCGUUGUUGACUUUACCUUAACGUUAGAACCAAGCUCUACUGCACCUAGUACACCGCUGACAUUUGAUGAGGUUAAAUCGGCGUUUAACAUCUCAGCAGCAAAUGAAGGAAGUGGCCUUAACAAUUGGUAUGACAAACAGCCAGUAUCUGUUGAGGACUACAACGAAUGUGUAACAGAAACCAGCGAUUGUCAUUCGGAGGCUAAAUGCACAAAUAUGAAUGGAACGUAUGCUUGUGAGUGCAAGAGUGGAUUUAAGGAUGAAAGUGAAGAUGCGUCGUUACCUGGCAGAAUGUGUGUAGGAUCUGGAUCGGACAACCUAAACCGACAGUUUAGUACAGAUGGAUCUUUGCUACCAAUUGUGUUAUCAGGUGUCUUUGGAGUGGCAGUUAUAUUGCUUAUUGCCAUCUACAUUAUUAUCAAAAGGAGAGAAAAGAAGAAAAGAAAACUAAGUAUGGAAAAAGCCCGAAAUGAACUAUUAAAUGAUCGAGCGAAUGACAUUCCCAGGUUUGAAGAACCCAUUGCCAUGGUAAACACCAGUGGUUGGCAACCUCUUGACAACACAUAUGAUUAUUAUGCAGGACAAGCGUGAACGGAUCAGACACAUUUUCUCACCAGGAAAGACAACUAAUUCGCUAUAAUCCCUCAUAUAAGCGUUCUACCUCACCCGUCACUAUAUUCUCAAGUCCAUACUUUUUCCAUUAGCGCAAUAAUAACCUUUUCAUAAGUGCUAUGAUCUUGUAUUUGAUUUUGACGCAUUUUCUGUCCUUUACCAUAUCCACAUGGCUUACCCCUAUCUCUUCGCAUAGGUCGAUAGACACAAUUGACAAUGAGUAGAACUCAUUAUACAGUUAUACAUGAUGCGACCGCGACUUUGUCCAAAUGGUAAACGUUACGUUUUACAUAUAUUUAAGAUGUCGAAAAGGAAACUUUUGGAUCGACCAUGUCCACUUUUUA